UGGGGGCGUAACCCGGAAGCGUUCUGUCACUCCAUCAAGCAAUAACAUGCGCGCCCUCCGGCCGUGACACAUCCACAGAUGUAGCUUCGAUCAUAUGAAGUCCGUCUAUAGAGUCGCUGUCGAAUUAAUAAAAUCCACACGAGGUCAGAGGUCAACCUCAGCGCGAGGAGAGAUGCGCAGAGAGCUCGAGACCAAAGUGCUGCGUCUGCCGCCGACCUCCACUGGGCCACGUGUUCUCCAGGACGACCGAGCAGACGGUGCCGAAAUCCUGAGUUGCACGGCGAGGGCUCUGAAGGAGGGUCACGUGGUCGGCGUGCCCACGGAUACCAUCUACGGGCUCGCGUGUCUGGCCCAGAACUCUGAGGCCGUAAGGAAAACCUACGACGUCAAAGGACGGAAUGGACACAAGCCGCUGGCCAUCUGUGUCGGAGAAAUCCAGGACAUCUACAAGUACUGUAAGGUGAAGGUGGAGGAAGGGCUGCUGGGAGACCUUCUGCCGGGUCCCGUCACUCUGGUGUUUGAAAGAGCGGAAGUGCUGAACGCGGAUCUCAACCCCUUCACUUCACUCGUCGGCGUGCGCAUCCCGGACCACGCCUUCAUGAGACGCCUCUGCCAGAUGUGUGCCGAGCCGCUGGCUCUGACCAGCGCCAACGUCAGCUCGCACACCAGCACCGUGGCCGUACAUGAGUUCGAGGAGCUCUGGCCGCAGCUGGCAGUGGUGGUGGACGGCGGGCCGAUAGGAGACCACAGCCGCCUCGGCUCGACGGUGGUCGACCUGUCGGUCCUCGGCAAGUACCGCGUCAUCAGGCCCGGCUGCGCUCUUGUUUCUACGGUCGACGUGCUGCAACGCAAAUACGGACUGUCAGAGGAUUCAGGAGGAGCAGAAGGAGGAGGAGGAGGAAGAUGAACCUUUGAACUCUCAACACUCCACAUCACACGCUGAGACGCACAACCAGCGUUGACCGUUGGCUUCUUCAGAAGAGAUGGACUGUUCUCCUGUUUACAUGAGCGACGGAGCGUUUCCCGAGGAGGAGCAGAACUCCGGGGCGGCUCCUCUUCUUCUGGAGUAAGUCUUCUCCUUCCUGUGGGAUCUUAAAGUGUCUCAUUGUCUCUCAUAAGGUCAGCAAGCUGGAAUUAAAACGUUUUAUCUUUCAUAAAUAUAUAACAGAUUAUACAAUUGCUUUUAAUUUUAUCUUUGUAAUCAUUUCUAUAAUGGUUGAAUCUCCCGUAUUUGUUUUACCCUCCAUGUUAUUUUAACCAUUUGAGGAUUGCAAUCCAAUUGGUCACCUGCAACCGUUACAAUACUUGUUCACGUUGGAGCCUGAAUAUUAAAUUGACGGGUGAAUUCAUGAUUUUUUUUUUUAUUCUCAUUGCCUGACUAGACUUGUUUUUGAUUGACUGCUUAACCUUUGCACAAUCACAAUAAAAGUUCUUUUUUUCAGUA